UUCAUAUAAUAGAGGGGUGCAGGAAGACAACCUCUAGAAGAGAGAGGAAGAAACAUCUCAUGCUAGUGGACUGCAAACUCUGAAAAGCUAUACUGAACAGCUCAGAACAUGUGUAAGGGAUUAGCAGCCCUGCCCCAGACAUGUCUGGAAAGGGCUAAGGAGAUCAAGACUAAAUUGGGAACUCUGCUUCAGAAGCCAGAGAAUUCCAUCGACCUUAUCAUCCCCUACCAAGAAAAGCCUGAGAAGAAACCGGAGAAGCUUCAAAAGCCCGCACCUGAAGAAGCUGCUCAGUGGCGCGAGUCCCUCGAUAAGGUCCUCUCCAACAGCUAUGGCCUGGCCACCUUCAAGUGCUUCCUGAGAUCUGAGUUCAGCGAUGAAAAUAUUGAGUUCUGGGAGGCUUGUGAGGAUUUCAAAAAGACCAAGAGUCCACUGAAAAUGGCCACCAAAGCUAAGAAGAUUUAUGAGGACUUCAUUCAGACCGGUGGGCCUAAAGAGGUGAACAUCGACCAUUUCACCAAAGACGUGACUCUGAGAAACCUGGUUGAUCUUACACCUGCUGCCUUUGAUCUGGCUCAGAGCCGAAUCUACAGCCUGAUGGAGAAAGACUCCUUUGGUCGGUUCCUGAGAUCUGAACAGUAUCAAGAACUCAUCAAGUAAACCGAUUGACCAGCUGCAGGGAGACACAAACAGAAGACCAAACAUUAAUUUGAAGUCUUUAAUAUGUUGUUUAAGACAAAUGGCAAUUAUCUGAACUUCAGUUAGCAUUACUAUAAGUAUUUAUUUGAUCGAAUUGGAUACUAAUGCUAAGUGUUGCAUUAGUCUCCCUGCAGCUGAUGUUGAAAAGAUGUUAACAUAAAUUGCUAAUGCAUUGAAUGUCAAAGCGAAUUUAAUAAAAGAAACUUAUGAUCCGGGAUUAAGAGACAAUACAUGUAUCUCCUCGUGAAAAAAUGAUUUGUGAGAUUUGUCAUUAGCAAAAAAAAAGAAUAAUAAUAAUAAGGACAUAAAUUUGUGUAUAAAUGUCCUAUCGUGUGUAGUUCUACUUUACUGACCCCUAUAGACUAAAUAAAACUUUAAGACUAUACCCCACUUUUAUGUAUUUUCUGGUAAGUGCAGAAGUGCCUUGAAUACUUUUGAUGACUAUGUUCCAGUUUGUAUAUCCAAACAAGUGCCAUAUUUAUCUGAAAACGAGGGAAAGGGCUGAGGAAUGGGAAAGGAAAAGUGUGGGUUUUUCUUGGAAAUGUCUGUGUUAAUAUUAAAACGCCCAAAUGGUAAACAGAAAGAUAAACAACUUGAGAAAUAACCCACUAAGUAUAGAAAGCUUAACUAUAUGUCAAUGUGACAUGUUGGAAUACUGCAGUGUCUGGGAACUUGUUGUUUGGUUACCGCUAUUGAAAGUUGCUAAGAUGGGAAGAUCAAGUGGGGGGAAAUCUCUUUAAAGCACUGGGCAAAUAUUCAGUUUCUUUUUAUUCUAAAGACAAUGUUUAUUCCCAUGCCUGUAUUUAAAAGCAGUUAUAUUACAUAAUAGAAAUCCAACACGUGUUUUUGGCAUUUAACCAGAAUAUCCAGCCUGAUCUCACAAGAAAUCGUACAUAUUUUAAGAGUUGGCUAUUUCGUAUCAAUUCAUACGAAGUUAAUCGUGCAAAAUCGCACGAUUCUCAUGAAAAAACAACAAAAACGAAAAAAAAAAAAUCGAAUGUGGUCGUAUGAAUUAAUACGAAUUAGCAAAUUUUCGUAAAAUAUGUAUGAAUUCUCGUGAGAUAGCAUUGAAAUAUCAAUAUACACCAACAAUAUAUACACCUCAUGACUGAUAUUAACUAUUAUAGUCUAAACAAAAAGAUCUUAUUUGUUAUUGAAAGUCUUAUUGCAGUUAAGAUUUGAGGAGUUCAGAUGCAAAACCCUCUAAGUGCAUCUGACAUGUUAUCUUGUAAAUGAGCAUUUUUUUUUAUGUUUAGGUUUAGAUACAAAGGUUAUUACUCAAUAACUGAAAUGUCACAAAUUAUUUCACUGUCAAAUUUUACUGCAGAACCCUCUAAGUGCAUGCAAGGUUUUUUGCAAAAACAUCCACUUAAAAAAAAUAAAGACAUGGUAAACAAUUACAAAAACACUAAAUAUGCAACUAGAAACAUUUCAAAUGCAUGAAAGUCAAUAUUUUAAAAAACUGAACCACACAUUAGAGGGCGUCUAUUUCACUGUUGCGUCCCAAUUCGCCUAGCGCUAAAAGUAUGUGUUGAAAAAGUACCUACUUUUAAGUGCAGAACGAAAGAGUAUACACUUUGGGAAAUACUAACGCGAAACUGGACUCAAGCAUUUUUUCAUUCAUUUGUCAUGAAUCAUGUAAUGUUUAAUUUAUUGAUUCAGUGACAUAUCAUUUAUUUAAUUUGUUAGUUCUGGGUAGCGCAACUAAAAGUUAUGGGUAAUAUCAGGCAUCCAUGGAUCUACACUUUAAAUUUUCACCUUAAACAGACCAUCCAGGAACUUUAUGGAUACUCAUUUUAAUAUACUAUGCUUUUGGACAUACAAAUUCUAAUUUCAAAUACUAUUUAGGAGGAUAGUAUGCAGAUUGGGACGCAGGGCAACAUUUGGGUUGUAUUCAGGUUCAAGUAGGCUACUCACAAGGGACACCAGUAUAAAUGUGGUCCAUGGUUGUUUUGCGCAAAUUUGUUUACAUAAUGAAUCUGUUGUGCACUUAGAGGACUUUGCUAAAAAAUUGUGGCAUUUAGCAGAUUCUGCCAGAAUCAGUAUGACAUUUCUGAAUAGCCUGAGGCCAGGAUUAAGUGGAUUUGAAAGUAUUUGAUCAACGUAUAAUACGUGCCAAGAACAUUCAGUUGUUAUCGUUAUCUCAUAUAUCACAAGGGUGGCAUUUAGCGGUGGCAUCUGAGCUCCUCAUUUACUAUUUUGCUUUAGGCAUGUGCAGCUAUUACAGUAGAUUGCAUUCAUAAGUUUACAUAUGACAUAACAAACAUAUGUAAGUCACGAGUGUGGUUUAUCAGUAUACUAUUGCAUGUUUUGAUGAUUUCAGAUUUUAAAAGUAUGUUUCACCAGACACAAACAGCAUUGCAUGUUUAUUUACAGUUAUAUUAUAAUGUGUAUGUGACUAAACAUAAAUAAGCAGUUGUAGGUGCCUCCCGAUGUCCUUACUGAUGGCCCACUAACAGAAUUUCAGUAGUUCACUGCAGGACAGGAUUAGAUUAAUAUGGCGAUCAAUGAUUGGACAUCACUAACAUAACCUUUAGAACUGAAAUAGACAAAAACAAAAUGAUUUGUAUGUUUUUCUUUAAAUAUGCAUGUGAAUAACAAACAGAAGUGGAUCUUUUUGUAAUUGGUCAUCUUUUCUUUGGGGCAAACUUUUAAGCAUACAAUUGAAAUUGAUACUGAAUACUGUAUGAAAAAAUGUUUCGGAAAAUGUCAAAAUUGUCAGUAAGGACUGACAGGGUACCUUGCUUCUACAAGAAAUCUGCAUAAGACUACAGUACAGUAUAUGCAUGUAUGUUUGUAGUUGCUCAUAUAAAAUCCAUAAUCACAUUAAAGUUCUGAAAAUUAA